AUGGGUCGCGGACACGAUAACAGACAAACUUGGGACGAGCCUGACCGUCGCAGUCGCCACGGCGGCGGCGGAGGAGGCGGCCCACGAGACCGAGACCGAGACCGCGAAAGCUACAGAGACCGCAACGGCGGCGGCAGACGAGACGACCGCGACAGGAGAGACGACGGCGCCUCCAGGCGAUACCGCUCUCGAUCCCGCGACCGCCGCGACAGAGAUCACCGACCAAGAUCCAGAGACCGCGAGAGCGGCGGCCACCGCCCCGGACGCGGCGACGAUCGUGACGGAGGCGCGAGGCCGCCGCGCAGAGACCGCGGUGGUUGGCAAGGGCGAGAUGAUAGAGACAGCACCAGGCGGCGCAGGGACGAUGAUGAACCGGCAAUGGACGAGCGGCCUCCGAGGCGGCAGUUUGGAGACGAUGAUGAGGGACACAGUACACCACGCGACAAUAGAGACCGUAGACGAUCCGCCUCCCCACGCCGAAGCGGCAGCCCGCCGCAGCCUGGUGCCUCCCGCCGCGAGCACGGCGGCGGCGGCGGAUACACCGAGUCCCUACCCACGCGCACGGUUCAGAGGGGGAAGAAGGAGCAGCAGCAUACCAUGUCCUUCAAGGUCGGACGACACGACUCGCCGCACUUUGACAGCGGGAGAGAUAGUGAGCGUGGUGGAGAUACACCGAUGAGUGGUGGCGGCGGUGGCGGCGGACGCGGCCGAGACGAUCGAAGCGAGGAGGAUGACGAACCUGAGCCCGAGGUGGAGGACGACGAUAUGGCGGCUAUGCAGGCGAUGCUCGGCUUUGGCGGCUUCGGGUCGACAAAGGGCCAGAAGAUUGCGGGAAAUAACGUCGGGACUGUGAGGAAGGAGAAGAAGACGGAGUAUCGGCAGUAUAUGAAUCGGCAGGGCGGAUUCAAUCGGCCUCUCAGUCCUGGAAGAUGA